AUGUAUGGAAUGAUCUUCUUCAUGCUUAGAUUAAUCAUUGUUUUUUCUUCUGUAUUGUACGCUGCUGUUUAUGGUAAUCCAAAGUACCAGCGGAUAUUUAUCAAUGCAAGGGCAAUAAAUUUUGUAGAUACGACAAAGCACGGCUUUCGGAUCGUUCUUUUGAAUUCAUUUCUGGAAGCUCAUCUUUCACCAACCCAAAUUCCAACAUUAUUCAUUUCGGCAAUUCCACUAAAAUCAGACGAACCGCUUAUUAGUAAAGUCUUUUAUCCUGAUAGCAUUCGGGAGGACAAACAGGUAUAUUUAUCAGAUUUACGAGAACGAUCAUGGUAUUAUGUUUGCGUUGAGUGGGAGAAUUUCAACAGACAUAAUGAAACGACCGGGACGGAUUGCCGAUUGUUGCGGACUUUAGAUCGAUUUGGGAAAAAUGCAGACACAACAGUGGAGGAUGUUGAGGUAGUCGAUAUUACGGCAACUACAAUGCAAUUCAAAAUUCGCUCCAUCACGAAUUUUCCAAUGAGAGCGAUUGCCACAUUACAAGGUGGUGACGUGCCACAGACAGGCUCGCAAGUAUUUGAAUUUCGUGAGCCAUCCGAUCUCGAUGUAUUAUUCACCUUUCUAAAACACGACACAGAAUAUGGGAAGUUAUGUAUUCGUGAGGAACCACUUACGCGAGGUUAUACUUCUAUGGGUCGUUAUGUAUCCGGUAUGAGUAUCGAAAAGUGCUAUUUCGGAAAAUUAAAAACGAAAGAUUACGAAUUAUCAACAUAUGAUAUGGAAGCCAGUCCAUACAGAUUCGCUACCUCUUCCACUCGCACAAUUUUCAUUAGUUACAGUAUCACUUUCUUGUACUUUCUUAUUUUCUAUAUUCUAGAGUAA